AUGCCACUCAUGCCUCUUUUGCAUGUCGCAGCUCGGAACGGUAACUGCAGUAUGCUGCAGACCCUAUUGGACCACCGGGUGGGCAUUGAUGAGUGCGACGCACAGGGACGCACGGCAUUGCAUUUAGCAGCCGAGCAGGGCCACGACGCAGCUGUCAGCUUGUUGCUAGAUAGUGGGGCUGAUAACGAGAUAUGUGAUGCGGAUGGGAAGUCGCCUCUGUUUUUGGCCGUUAGUGCAGGGUAUACUAUUGUCGUGGAUAUCAUACUGAGUCACCGGAGUAAAUGUUAA